AUAUGUUUACAUUGUUUCCUUUUUUCAGGUUUAGCCAUCUGAAAUUGAACUUCCCAACCUAAUGCAUUGUACAUUAUGGUUCAUGUCAACUUGUUUAGAAAAUGGAUGUUCGGCAUUCUGGUCUUUGUUUUGGUCCUGAGCAUUUAUCUGUGGAAGGAAACACGGAAAGGAAUUUUCAUCUCCAUAAAAACAGAAAGCCAAACUGAUUAUCUGCAAAUGGAUCUGUGGAAAUGGAUCUCGAUGACACCAAGAAUGGUCCAGAAUAAAACUGUCAAUGGCCCAGGCAAAGUCUCUUUGUCCAACAAAGAAUCCCAGGCUAAAGUUAGUAAUGCUGAACCUAAACCAAAUCAAAUCAAAGUCUGGAACAAGGAUAGUUCUUCCCAGGGUCUUCACGCCAGGCUCCAAAUGGCAAGAAAGAAUUACUUAAAAAUGAACAAAUAUCAUGUGAAAUACACUGGACGGAAGAAUGCUGCUAAACUCAGCCCAGAAAAGGUGUUGUGCCAGCUUCAGAAAAAACUAGACUUUAGGAUGGUAACUGCAUCUGAUGGCCCCUUUAAUACAUUGGAAUGGGAGACAUACCUGCCUAAGAAAAAUAUCAGCGUGGAACUGGGCAAUCUAGGUCGAUGUGCAGUUGUAUCCUCUGCAGGAUCUAUGAAGCAGUCACAUCUGGGGGCAGAAAUAGACAGCCAUGAUGCAAUCCUGCGGUUUAAUGGGGCCCCUACAAAGGGGUUUCAGGUGGAUGUUGGUGAGAAAACUACACUGCGCCUUGUUAAUUCUCAGCUUAUUACUGUUGAAGAAAAGAAGUUUGUUUCAGAUGUACAGUAUAACUUUGGAACCAUUAUUGUGUGGGAUCCAGCACCAUAUCAUGCAAAUAUUGAUGAGUGGUUCCAGAAACCGGACUACAAUUUCUUUGAAAGCUACAAGCAUUAUCGGAAAAGACAUCCCAAGCAGCCUUUUUAUAUCCUGAAUCCCUACAUGCAGUGGCAACUCUGGGAUAUCCUCCAGGAGAAUUCACCAGAGGAUAUUCAGCCAAAUCCACCCUCUUCUGGCAUGCUUGGCAUUGUUCUUAUGAUGAACUUCUGUGAUGAAGUAGAUGUUUAUGAGUUUCUCCCCUCUAAGAGGCAAACAGACAUUUGCCAUUAUUACCAGAAGUUCUUUGAUCAAGCCUGCACAUUGGGUGCCUACCACCCACUGCUCUUUGAAAAAAAUAUGGUGAAGCACCUGAAUCAAGGAACAGAUGAAGAUAUUUACAAUUAUGGGAAAGUGACUUUACCAGGCUUAAGGAAGGCACAAUGUUAGGAGUAUGAAUACCAAAUUCUGGGCUUGGAAGCCUGUCUUGAUUCACAAGGCACUUUAAUUUUUAAAAGAAAGGGUUGUAAGGGACCUGUCAAGAAAUUAACAGGUUAUUAACAACAAGCAUUUCUUCCAUUCAAUCUGCCUUAAUUCAGGACUACAACAUGUGCCAGAGAGAUACAUAGCAUUCAGCAGAAUGCAUUUCCCAGAUGAGUGCCAAGAAUAUUAUUACCCAACAUGAUUACAGAAAUACAAUGAAAACUCUAAUUUUCAGAACUUCAUUGGCUUGUAUCUAAUUUUUGUGACUGAAUUAAAAAGACAAAUAGAUGGCUGGUUGCCACUUCAGGGCCGGUACCGAAAGCUGCUAAAUGAGGCUUCUGCGUUUUAGAAACACUUAAUCCAGUGAUGGAGGGAUCAGAGUUUCUGUGCCUUGUUACCAGACUUGUGUCUGUUCUGGACUGUUCAGAUGCUAAUAUAAGGAUAUGAUCCAAGAGGGCAACAUUGUGAGCAAGAAUAUAUGGAUUUAGAGAGCCGUUUGUAAGGCCAUAGCAUUGAUAUAGAAAAAACAAAGACUGGAAAUUAAAAAUAAUAUAUUAGUGUUACAGGAAUGGAUCCUGGCAAUGGGCUCAGGGCUUUACCAAGACAUUUUGCAAUCCAAAGUGAAGAACAAGGUGGUUUUCCUUUCCAUACUUUAUCCAAAAGUUAGUCCUCCAGUGCUCUUAAAGGUAGCAGAGUAGUGUAGCAGGCAUAGCAUAUGCCACUUCCCAACAUCUUGCUGCUGAUCAUCAGCAUUUACUACCUGAAGGGACUGCCCCAUUCUGUAGGACCAAUUCUGGAGCAGCUGAGCCAAUGCUACUCCAAAUUGGAUGUUGCAGAUACUAUAAACAGUGCCAAAUUCUGUUGAAUGCCUGGUAUGUUAUGAUACUUCCAAUGUUACUAAAAUAAACCCAGUAUAAAAAAUUGGGAAGUAAUCUUUACAGUCCUAAUUGGAUCCAUCCUCUCUACAUGUCAUUAAAAAUGGAGCUGAGAAAAAUAUGCUGCAAUAAUUGGUUUUUAAUGUUUGUUUCCAGAGUAUGUUUUGCAGCUAAAGACUUUUUCCACACUAUGAUAGUCUGGAUAAUUUUUGUAAUAUAUGUGUUUUUCAUAGAAUUAGUGUUGAAAGAGACCAAAACUCAACUAAAACUGUAACUUUAGACAGGAACAUUGCUGUUUUUCACAUAUGCAUAUUUAUAUACACACUCACUAGUUUAUAGUCAAUACAGUAGUUCCUCAUGCACCAAGCUGUUUAAUUUGGGCCUAUUCAUCCAAAAGAACUAAACAUCUUAGAUUAUAAUCUGUUGUGACAGCUUGUGAGUCACUUUCCAAACUGAAGUGUUGGCAGGGAUGCUGUUUUUGUCAUGCAUGGUUUUCUAGGGAUUGUUUCCCCUGUUCUGCAUCCUCUUAGUUUCAGUGAGAAAAAGACUGGCAUGGGAGGCUAUCCUGAGUCCUAUCCAAUGAAUGGAAAAGUUGUAGAUCUAAACUCUCCUCUGGUGACUCUUUCAGGGCCUGCAACUGAGAGGAACACUGUUGUUGGUGUAAUUACACCCGCAGUGCUUUUUGCAGCCACAGUUGGUACCUCAGGAUGAUCACACCUCCUUUUAUCAAAAAAAGGAGCACUUUCAUCCAUCCUGGCCACCCAAUGAAUAUUUCAACAGGAUUAGGUUGUAUCUGUUCACCACGCCACUGUUUAAAAUAUGCCAUAAACUUUUUCUUUUGGCCUUUCUUAGGCUGUUCUUUGGUAUUCUGACUUCGUUCAGUUAUCUUCACAAUGAUAGGUAUGAAAGGGCUACUUUUGGGAUUAUUUCUGAAAUAAUUUGCUACUUUAAAAUUGUUCUGUUAAAAGAAAAGCAAAUUUAAUAUAAUUUUGUUGGUGAACAGCCAAUCGUAUGUUUUCUAGGACAAAACAGUAUUCUGAAACAUUAUGAUUACAAUAACAUUAUAGUCAUGCCAUACAACGACACUAGCCAAUCUUUUACCUGUUCAGUGUGCCAUCCGUAUUCUAGCUGGGUUUUGAUAGCAUGGUAUUCCUUACAUAUGCUGCCAGAAUGUAGCACAUAUGUGAAAAGCAAUAUCCAUUUGAACUGUGUGGUUGAUGAAAUAAUAAGUCCCUCAUACGAUUCCAAUUAAUCAUCAGCUUUAAGUACAGUAUGUAAUUAUACAUAACAAAGUUUAAGGUUUUGAGGGAUACAGAUGCAAUUGGUAGGAGGUAACAUCUGCAUUUCAACUUCUAAUUAAUUUACUAGUGUAUAUAAAACCAACUGGAUAAGCACCAACCGUUGAUAAGAAUUUUAUUUCCUCAUACAUUAAUCUAGAUACAUUUAUUUGAAUUUCUUUAGUCGGGCCAUUAUCUGGUUUUUCAUGUAUCCUAAUAGGUACAAAAGGGAGAUAUAGACCUUCCCCAAGCACUGAAUAUCUGGGAGAGGGGGGACUGGACAAAAUAGCCAUCCCCACCUAAUAUUUGGGUAAUUGGAGCAAACUUUAAUUAUGCAUUCUUUCUACAUGGAAUGGUAUCAUAUGAAUCAUCCCACCCAGCCACAGCAGCUGAAACAGGAACCAUUACUGUAUUCCUGUUUAACCAAUUUUACAUACCUGAAAAAUGUUAAGUUUUCUAAAAUCAUAUGAAGACAGUGAUGUCAUUCAAUUAUGUACCAUUUUUAAUAGACUUGGAUCAAAAGAACUACUCUUUAAGAUCUAAAUCCCAGCCAAUAUUUUGUUCCAAAAUGAACAUGUGGAAUAAGAAGUACUUUGUAUCUAGGGGUGUUUCUUUACCACUUUUAUAUACCUGUAGAGAAUUAAGAAAUGUUUGCAUUUUUUUCAAGUUAAAACUGUAAAGCCUCAAAUGUCUGAUUUGUGAACAAUAAUCUUUAAUAUAAUUUUAACUAAUUUUGAAGGAUCCAAAGAUGUAAAAUUUGAAAUAAAAAAAUUGUAAAGUCAUAAAA